AUGUUUGGAUGCGAUAGCGCCGUUCACAUGGCUGAGGAAAUUAAGAAUGCCGAAGUCGUGGUACCGGUGUCGACGCUCACAACUACUGUCCCCAACGGAGCGCUCGGGUUCGCGAUUGUCAUCGCAGUACUCUUUCUCACAACAGACAUCACUGCAGCUCUGGCAAGUCCUACUGGAGUCCUAGACUAUCCGUUCAUGCAAAUCUUCUAUGAUGCAACGGAUGGCCACUAUGAUCAUCAUGGACGUGGCUGGGACGAUCGCGUUCGUGGCCACGGCAUCCCGCUUGGUCUGGGCUUUUGCGCGCGAUCGAGGUCUUCCGGGGUGGCGAUCUGUGAGCAAGGUCCAAUCUAA